ACAAACGCUUUAAAUUACAACGUAGAAACAGCAUUGGUGUAGUAUACGAAAGAUCUUAUUACAACUUCCCUUUAAAUAAUUGCAUUAAAGCGUUUUUCUCAGUUCUGCUGGGUUUUCCACUGAUUUAACCGUCAUUAACAUACUUUGACCUCGCAUUGGCGCUGAAUCGGCGCCGCCAUAUUGGUAAGGGCAAGGCUGCACAAAAACACAUACGAGUGGUCGAUGGCAACCUGUGUUAUGCUUCUGCUCUGCGUGUGCGCCUGUAGUUGUGCGAGUGACUAUUACUCCUUGCUAGGAGUUUCGCGCUCUGCAUCUGCGAGGGAGAUUAAGAAAGCUUUUCACAAACUGGCUCUUAAAUACCAUCCUGAUAAGAACCAAAGCCCUGAUGCACAGCAGGCGUUCACACACAUUGCUCAGGCAUAUGAGGUGCUGUCUAGUAAAGAGAAGAGGAGAGUGUAUGACCAAGUGGACCACAUGGCAGACCCUGAUCAGGGCAGCGACAGCAAGACAAUGGGGAAUAAUCCCUUCAAUGACAAAGGAGGUUUCUAUAGCAAAAGCAGUUUCCAACAUUUUAGUCUGCAGGAGCUCCUUCAGAUGCUACAGCUGGAUGAUGACUUAUUCAUGGGCGAAGAACCAAGUUAUGAAGGAUGGAGUUAUAAUUUUGGGGAUGAUGAUGAUAAAGUCUUCCUCAGUGAUCUUUUCAACAUCAUGUGAAUUUCAGUGUUUGUGUAUCUACACUAGUGUGUGUGUUUUUAUAUUUACUAUUGAUAUUUUUUACUCAUUUGACAAACGUUUGUGCAAUCUGUUAAUAAAACUU